AUGUCAAACCGGGCCCCACCCCCACCGUCCUACCUCAUGACCACCGCGACAGCAGGCCGCAACCCCGAUUUCUGUCCCUGGCGGUCCAGUCACGGUGUCAUCUAUGAUACAGCAGACUCGGACGCUCUAUGGCUGACCGUAGAGCUGAGUGCGAGUAUGAACGCCCUCGAUGACACGAGCCUGUUGCAGUUCGUGCUUAGACAGAUCCAGAUGUCGCAUGCCCAGGUCGAUCUUCGGGCGCAGCAUUAUCUUAGACCUGGGUGUCUGUCGUUGCCUGCUAUGGUGGGUUCGGAAGGUUCUUAUGCGGAGUGCCAGGCUGCGACUUCUUGGGUGGUGAUAGGGUGGAUUGAGCAGGUUCGGGCUGGGACGGCGUGGCUUGACCGAAAUGCGCUUUUUGGUCCUCGCUAG